CCCUACUUCCUGUCAUAUAGAGCCCUACUGUCUGACCAGGCCCUGGGGACCACAGACCAGGCCUGUUCUCUCCCAGAUACAGCGGUGCUCAGCCUUGCCCCAGCGGGAGAGAACACACCUUCCACACCUGUCUCUGUGGCCUGCUGGGACCUGCUGAGAAAGGAGGGGGAGAUCCCUCAGUUCCCUCUACCAAGCAGACACAUGAUGUUCAGCUGCCUGCCCACCAUAGACUCUGGACCUGUAGCUGGGUCUGAGUCCUGGAGCCUCCCGGCCCCCAUCAGACCUGACUUCCCCAGGCAAAGUGUGGCCGUCCCUGGGGAGAUCUGCAGUAGCAGUGGUCUGAGCACCAGAGCGUUGGUGAUGACGUAUCAAGAACACCUGGGUGUCACCUACGUGACACUGAACGAGGACCCCUGUCCUCACAUGGUCAUCCACAACCAGACCCCUCUGUCUAUGCUGCUCAGGGAGAAUGUCAAGGGUAACGUCUGA